AUGUCUGCAUUCAAGAUACCAGCUAUCAAUGCUCAAGAUCUCAUAAAUAGAAUCUUGCAGCUUGAACAGAUUAUCAAGAAACUUGGAGAGCAGAACUGUGAAUUGAAAGAUUAUAAUGAGCAGCUUGAGACCCAGAUUAUGGCCAUCCCAUUUACUGGACAAGAGGAAAAGAAAGAUAAAGCUAAAGUCAAUCUACCAGAACUCUUCAAGAGUAAAUGGGGAAAAUUACAAGCUCUCUUGAGACAACUAUGCAUCUACAUGAAUAUGAAAGAUAAAGAACUCAAUAGUAACAAGAACAAGAUAAUGAUGACAGUAUCAUAUCUUUGUAAAGCAGCAUUUGAUUUGUUCAACACCUACCUGCAGAAUUACUACAAGAAAGAUGAAGAUAAUCAAAAUAAUAACAUGCUCAAGAUUAUUAACAAUUAUAAUAUCUUUAUUUGGACAUUCAAAAUCACUUUCAGAGAAGUCAAAGAAUAA